AUCUCCCUUUAAGAAUAAUUCACCAGCUAGAAGUUUUCCAAUAUCCAAAAUUCCUGGUCAUAUUAAUGAAAUGUCAAAUAAUUCAAAUAUUCCGAGAAUCCCCACACCAGCUAAUAGUGCACCUUCAUCAGGUUCACAUGAAGUAUUAAUAAAUGAACGGAUAACCAAAAUUUUCUUUAAAAUUGGAACGAGAGAAGAAACGAAAAUGGGUCUCUAUGAAUUAUAUGAAAUUAAAAAACAACACCCUGAAAUGGAAGACGAGAUAUCAACAAUGUUAUCUAAGCAAGGUCCAUAUUUCCAACGUUAUGUUCACCGUGGACUUGCCAACAUUGCUAUAGACGAAGAGGAGAGAGCUAAUAUAAUUAAAAACCAAUCAAAGAAUCAUGAUAAUACGGAGGAGGGUCUAGACGAAAAACAAAAAUAUAUUUUGAGGAUAAUACGUAUGUUUGAGGAUCGGAGCUGA